GUCUGAAAUUCAAACGUAAAUCCUUCAUUAAUGCAGUGGCUCCCAUUUUACUCUAUUGUGUAUAUUUUACUUGAAAAAACAAACACGUAAUUUUUAUCUGGAGUAAUAUAAUGGAGUAAUAUUCGUCUACGCCGUAUAUAGAUAUUUAUAAAUGAUCACUGAUAUCGGCUUGUGUGAAAGAAGCGCCACUUAUAUUAACAUCAAUGCUUAUCCAGCAGUAGCUGAAGGUAACUAAGUGUUGCUAUUUAACGUGCAGUAUCUUUCUGAACCUACUUGUGAGAACGUCAUGACCGUUUAAGCGCCGCGAAGUAGAUUAUUGAAUCUAGUAGCUGUUUUACAUUCAGUUAAUCUGACAAUUGAGCUAAUUAGAACACUGGAAUAAUUACUUUUUACAUAGAUUAAAAAAUAAACUUUAAAAGACAAGUGAAGAUUUUGUGAUAGCGAUUGUCUUGAUUAUUUUACAUACUUUACGUUAAAUCUAAUCAUAUUAUUAUAAAGAUGGCGGGCGCUGCUACAGGAACAAAGAACAAAGUUGCACUUAAACGGCGAUUAGGAUUAUUUAGCGCUGUCAAUAUGAUCCUCGCUGUCAUGAUUGGUUCUGGAAUCUUUGUAUCACCUGCAAAGACCUUAGAAAAAUCAGGGUCCAUUGGAUUCUGUCUAAUCAUAUGGACAUCGUGUGGUCUUUUAUCGUUACUUGGUGCACUGGCUUUCGCGGAACUCAGUGCCGUGGUACCAAGAUCAGGAGCAGAAUAUGCUUACUUCAUAGAAGCUUUUAUGCCUCUACAUCGAUACUUCGGACAGAUUCCGGCUUUCAUAUGUUCCUGGGUAUACGUGAUGGUUCUUCGACCAGCGGAAGUGGCCGUAGUGAUAUUGACAUUCGCAGAGUACAGCGUUCAGCCCUUUUCCGGUUACAUGAAAGACGUACCUGAAGAAUCAGUUUAUCUAGUAAAAAAGUUAAUAAGUAUCCUCGCACUUGGUUCAAUAACGUACAUUAACUUGACAAGUGUGAAGCUUUAUGUAAGAGUGCAAAAUAUUUUCACCAUUUGCAAAGUCGCCGCCUGUAUACUUAUUAUCGUGGGAGGCGUAUGGUGGCUUGGUACCGGAAGAACAGAAUUACUUAAGGACACCUUCAAAGGAACUACAGCGUCUCCUAGGAACAUAGCUCUGGCGUUUUAUAGUGGCUUAUGGGCCUAUGAUGGCUGGACGUCGGCGACUAUUGUAACUGAAGAAGUCAAGAGGCCAGAGGUCAAUAUUCUUCGCAGUAUUCUUAUAGCUGUACCAAUCAUCACCAUCCUCUACGUCGGUAUGAAUCUUAUGUAUAUGUCAGUGUUAACGAUAACGGAAAUAACAAAAGCACCUGCAGUAGGUGUACUAUGGGUUGAAAGGGUAUUUCCGUCCUGGCUAGGUUUUGUUAUUCCUCUUGGCGUAACUCUUUCAACUUUUGGAUGUGGACUCACCGUUCAGUUUGGAGUAUCCAGAUUAUGCUACGUUGCUGGACAGGAAGGGCAUUUACCAAAAGUUUUUAGUUUUGUUCAUAUCCAUAAGCUGACGCCUGCUGUUGCUGUAGCUUUUCAAGGUUUACUCACCCUGAUCUGCAUCCUCCUAGGAGAUAUCGUAGAACUUAUUGAAUUUUCCAGUUUUCUCACUUGGAUAUUCUACGGGAUGGCCAUGAUAGCUCUUAUAAUUUUGAGAAGAACAAAAGCUGAUGCCCAUAGACCAUAUACUGUUCCUCUUGUUAUCCCGUGGUUGGUUUUACUCAUAUCCAUAUUCUUAGCGACGGUUCCUAUUAUUACUGACCCAUCACCUAAAUAUCUAUUUGCUGUAGCCUUCAUCCUUUUUGGUAUUGUAAUUUAUCACUUUUAUGUCCACAAGGAGGCAGAGAACAGUCUAAUGAGAAACUUUACAUACGUCAUGCAAGUCAUGUGUCUGGUCGUUGCACCAGGAAUACACCAAGAAGACUGAUUACAGUUUACAGAAAACACUUCGAUGAGAAUCAGGAUAGUAAUGACUAUUUUUUUAAUACGCAGUUGAAGAUUAAAACAUCGUAUAUCAAUCCUCUUAUUUUUCUACUUGGCUGUAAUAUUAAUUGUACAGCG